AGGUGGGACUGAGGACACACACAAGUUUAAUUAAUGUCUUAUUACCACAUUUCAUGAGCUAGUUUCUACCCUGGUGGUCUAAACAUGUAAUUACUUGGGCCUAGUGAAAAGGAGGAAACAGAAUAAAAAAGUGAGAUUAUUUUGCCUACACACACACACACACAUCAUUGUUUAGGCCCAAAUCUACAUAAUUUGUUUCACUUAAUAGUCAUAAUAUAACUUAAUGUUAUGAAGACCUGCUUAGCCUACAUCAUCUAUCCCAGAAUUGACUAUUUUGAGAUAAAAAAAUAUUUUCUGUGAUGCAGUUUUUCCUAUUUAAAUAGUCUAUUAAAGCUGUGGUCACGCUUGUCACAUGUCAUGCUCCUGUGUAACUGAUUGUAGGCUAUUGAUAAACAACAUUAAGUAUCCAUUUUUUAUAGGCCAACAACCUUUAUAGCCUAUGGGCCAUAAUGUACAUCCCAGUUUUUAUUUUAUAGGAGCUGUUUUUUAAGCAGGCCCCCAACUAGUGCAUGUAUGUUAGUUCUUAUCUUGUGUAACUCACUGUAACAUAAAACAGAUUAAAGUGUUCAUGUGUAGCCUGAUAACCCGAGGAAACAAAAGGUUAGGCUAUAGGCUAGCUAGCCUACCUGAUAUAGUGUAUCAACAUUCAUAACACUCAUGGGAGUCUACAGCACAUCUUCAAACGAUACUCACACAUGUUGCACUGUUUUGUGCUUACUACGAUUAUACCUUGUUUGCAAUACCUUUCCACAAACACUCCUAUCUCUCCUCUCAAAUCAAUACACUGCACUAAACAUGCUUAACUGAGUAGCCUAUGCACUGCCCAGCCCAUUGUAUAUUUCGCUCCUCUUCUCACCGCAUGCACCGAGAAGACUUUUCGCGGGAAUUAUUGAAAGGAGGUGGGAUUACUUUCAUUCAGUGUUUUCUAUUGGUUAAAACGACAGAACGCGCAGAAUAUGCUAAUUACAUUCACCAUACUAACCAAUAGAAAAGCAUAUACCAACCUCGUGGGGGCUGUGUGGCGCGAAAAGUUGCAAACCCUCAGGAAGAAGUGCCGUCGUUGUAGAGUCUGGUUGACUGUGGAUUUCUGGACCUUUUUUCUUAUUAAAUAUCUUAAUUGUUCAUUCCAAAAAUGGCUGCUGAAGUAGUUGACGACCAAGCGAUGAGGGAAGCUCAGAGGGACUAUCUAGAUUUUCUUGAUGAUGAUCAAGAUCAGGGCAUCUACCAAAGCAAAGUGCGGGACAUGAUCAGUGAAAACAAAUUUCGCCUUAUCGUGAACAUCAACGACCUCCGGCGGCGCAACGAGACUCGUGCAGCUAGGUUGAUGAAUAAUGCCUUCGAGGAGCUCCUUGCCUUCCAGCGUGCGCUGAAGGACCUGGUGGCAUCUGUGGACGCAACCUACGCCAAGCAACAUGAGGAGUUCUUUGUGGGGCUCGAGGGCAGUUUCGGCACCAAGCACGUAACCCCCCGCACCCUCACCUCCCGCCUGCUGGGUAGCAUGGUGUGUGUGGAAGGCAUCGUCACCAAAUGUUCGCUGGUGCGUCCCAAGGUGGUCCGGAGCGUACACUACUGCCCAGCUACUAAGAAGACUAUGGAGCGCAAAUACACGGACAUGACUUCACUGGACGCUUUCCCCUCCAGUGCUAUCUACCCUACUAAGGACGAGGAGAACAAUCCCCUGGAGACGGAGUUUGGUCUGUCCAUCUAUAAGGACCACCAGACGGUGACGGUGCAGGAGAUGCCAGAGAAGGCUCCGGCCGGCCAGCUGCCCCGCUCCGUGGACAUCAUCCUGGACAACGACCUGGUGGACAUGAUCAAGCCCGGGGACCGAGUGCAGAUCAUUGGAACCUACCGCUGCCUCCCCGGCAAGAAGGGUGGCUAUACCUCUGGAACCUUUAGGACCAUCAUGAUUGCAUGCCAGGUUAAACAGAUGAGCAAAGAAGCUGCUCCGUACUUCUCUGCCGAUGAUGUGUCGAAGAUCAAGUCCUUCAGCAAGUCGCGCUCUAAGGAUGUGUUCGACCAGCUGGCUCGUUCCUUGGCGCCCAGUAUCCAUGGCCAUGAGUACAUUAAGAAAGCCAUCUUGUGCAUGCUCCUGGGUGGGGUGGAGAAGGUUCUGGAAAAUGGCUCGCGUCUUCGUGGAGACAUCAAUGUCCUGCUCAUCGGUGACCCAUCGGUGGCCAAGUCCCAGCUGUUGAGGUACGUUCUGCACACGGCACCGCGGGCGAUCCCCACCACUGGCCGAGGUUCAUCCGGCGUGGGUCUCACUGCAGCCGUCACCACCGACCAGGAAACAGGCGAGCGUCGCCUAGAGGCUGGCGCCAUGGUGCUGGCGGACAGGGGAGUGGUCUGCAUCGACGAGUUUGACAAGAUGUCUGACAUGGACCGCACGGCCAUCCACGAGGUCAUGGAGCAGGGCCGCGUCACCAUCGCCAAGGCGGGCAUCCACGCCAGGCUCAAUGCCCGCUGCAGCGUGCUGGCAGCUGCCAAUCCCGUCUACGGCAGGUAUGAUCAGUAUAAGACUCCCAUGGAGAACAUCGGGCUGCAGGACUCGCUGCUGUCGCGUUUUGACCUGCUCUUCAUCAUGCUGGACCAGAUGGACGCAGAGCAGGACCGUGUGAUCUCUGACCACGUGCUGCGCAUGCACCGCUACCGGGACCCACGCGAACAGGACGGAGACGUGCUGUCCCUAGGUGGCGCCGUGGACGUGCUCGCCACUGAGGAUCCAGACACCACUCAGGAGGAGCAGGAAGAGAUGCAGGUCUAUGAGAAGCACAACAACCUGCUGCACGGCAAGAGACGCAGAGAUAGGAUUGUGAGCAAGGAGUUUAUGAGGAAGUACAUUCAUGUUGCCAAGGCGAUCACUCCUGUGCUGACCGGCGAAGCAGCCAGUCACAUCGCAGAGGAGUAUGCUAGGCUCCGCGGCCAGGAACAGCUGGGCUCUGACAUCGCCAGGACGUCCCCAGUGACCGCGCGAUCCCUGGAGACGCUGAUCCGCCUGUCCACGGCUCACGCCAAGGCCCGCAUGAGCAAAGCCGUGGAGCUGGAGGACGCAGAGGUGGCCGUGGAGCUUGUGCAGUUCGCCUACUUCAAGAAGGUCCUGGAGAAGGAGAAGAAGCGUUCGAGGUCAGAGGGACGCGACACGGAGUCUGAGGAUGAGGAGGAAGAGGAAGACGUGGAGGACACACCACGGCCACCACGCAAGAGAGGUCGCCGUUCAGCUGAGCGCAGGCCCUCUCAGAGCAGUGAGGCAUAUGACCCCUACGACUUCACCACAGAGAAACAAAUUCCAGAAAUUCACUCCCCUGCUCCCAGACCAGCUGAGGAGACCACAGAGACACCACCAGAGAAUGGCCACACUGAGGUCUCACCAGACAGGCUGAAGGCGUUCAAGGCAGCGUUGUUGGACGUGUUCCGUGAUGCCCACGCACAGUCCGUGGGCAUGAACGCCCUGCUGCAGGGCAUUGGCAAGAGCACUGCUGCGCCCUUUACCCCUGACGAGGUGCGUGGCAGCCUCUCACGUAUGCAGGACGACAACCAGGUCAUGGUGACUGAUGACAUCAUCUUCCUCAUUUAACACGGAGGAGAAGAGGAGGAGGAGAAGGGAGGCGAGGAGCAUCGUGGAGAGAUAAGAUCUUAGCUGUGCAGGCCCCAUGUGGCCUAGUCUGAGUUUUACACAGUCGUACCUACACAGAUUGAAAAGCUACCCUAUUUUACCUUUCAGAUUUACUUUUAAAGUUCAUCUGUGUUUUAUGGUCGAAGACGAUUCGUGUCGUUCCUAUGUGAUUUGAUGUUUUCUAUCUGAUCUUAAACAGGGUCUGAAUUGAGUUCAGAUUAGACAUCAUGAUUCCAUUCAGUAUGUUUCCAGAGUGCAGCCAGGGAGACCUGGUAACCAACUCAUGUUCUGAUUAGAAAAUUGCUUAAGAGGAACAGCAGGGCUGCAUCAUGUAGGAUUCUGGUCUGUUUUUACAUGGUUUCCUUCAAGGAGGGUUGCUUGUCUUGUACAUAUUUUAUUUUUUAUUUGAUUCUUAUAAAGUCCUUUUAUUGAAGAAGAAAUGUGGCUGUGUUACUUAAAGGACAAAUAAAUAAUAUGUUAUCUA